CUUUGUUCCUACCCGGCUCUUUACAGGGGGAACCUACCGGAAGUCGACGUUACCUCGCUCAGCGACGAAGUGUGAAGCGACUUGUACAUUAUUAACAUCUACUUCAACUCUUUACAUUUCACAGAAUCCUCUGAGACUCUCUUCUGAGCAAGAAUGACAGACAGAUACAACAUCCACAGUCAGCUGGAGCAUCUUCAGUCCAAGUACAUUGGCACAGGACAUGCGGACACCAGCAAGUGGGAAUGGCUGGUCAACCAGCACAGAGACUCUUACUGCUCCUACAUGGGACAUUUUGACCUGCUCAACUACUUCUCUGUCGCUGAGAAUGAGAGCAAAGCCCGGGUCCGCUUCAAUCUGAUGGAGAAGAUGCUUCAGCCGUGUGGACCGCCAGCAGACAAACCCGAUGAUGCCUAGAUCACACUGGAGUGAGCUGAGGAUGAUUUCUUUCUUCUUCUUUUUUUUCAGGAUAUUUUUGUAAGAUUUCUUUUUUGUUGUUGGACAUUGAGCUUGAUUUUCUGUCUAACAUAUUGGAUGUUACGCUCGUCUGAAAUAUCUGAAACUUCUGUACAGCUCUGCAGGGAAAUUAGCUACGAAGGUGAAAGAAAGGAGAGUAGGACACUAAUGUGUUCAAGAUCCAAACAUUCACCAGAGAAGAUCAUGAAAAAUGUGACAAAGUUUCGUACGAACAUCUGUCAGAUAUUUGUAUUAACUGAUGGAGCUGUAUUCUUGAUUUGAAAUUUCUGUUUUGAUUGAAUUAAAAUUGGUCUUUUUUUA